AAGGAACCAGACACUUAACACACCUCAAGUUAUUUUUAUCCGACAUUACGUCGUUUUGUUUAUAUAAAGAAACGAUUUUAGAAGCAAGGCAUUCAGUACAUCGAAGGCUAAGAGAAAGCUAGCAGAUUAAACAUCCCGAGAGGACAAAUCACACAGGAGGAUCUGACUGUAAAAAGAAAACAAGAAUCAAAGGAAACAAGAUUCGGUGCUUGACGGGCAGAUAAACGCACAGACUGACCAAACGAGAUACACUCAAGUUGAAAGGCGAUAGUAUACAACAGUUUAACUGAAGAUGAGGUGUUACGAAGUGAUAACGCUAGUGCUGGCGCUCUCGGCAAUCGUUAGCCAUAUUGAAGCUGCCAAAAAGGCUGACCCGGCGAAUUGUCAACCCUGGCGUGUGCCUGUGGCUGUGGACGCCCCGAACCACAACAGCCGACCUUUCUACGUGGAGUUGCACAGAUGCAUGGGACAAUGUGACAACAUCUCCCCCCUGCGAUGCGAGUGCGUCGACCAAACCAGUCAGGAUAUAUCGAUGAUGGUGACAACAACAGGUGGGUUGAAAUCGCAAGUGUUCAAGAACCACACAAGCUGCAAAACUCAAUGUAAGGCGGACUACAAGGCAAAAUGUCUGCAGAAAGGCCAUCAAUGGGACGAGCAAACCUGCUCGUGCACCUGUCCGAACCCCCCUGCUGGAACUUGCACUCUGACGAACAACAGGUGGAACGCUGGCACGUGUCAAUGUGAAUGCAAACCUUCCCUAAGUGGCUGCCCCCCAAACAAGUUCUGGAAUAAAUCCAUUUGUGGCUGUCAGUGCACCAUAAAGGCUUUCACUCGCUGCUCCAAUAUUGGCCGUGCAACUGAUAUGAGUACAUGCAAGUGCAAAAGACCAAAACCAGUUGCCAGUCAAGUUGUAAAUGGCAACAAAAAUAAUGAAAGUGAGAAAAAAUAUGUGAUAUCGCUGGCUGCAACUGGUGUAUUGCUUGCCAUGCUCUUGGUCAUUGACCUCAUUUUAAUGCGCAAAGAAAAGGGAUUCCUGUAUAGUGUUAUGAAUUGCCAUAAAAAGAAACGAAAAGGAUGUUCAGCCAACCCAGAGUUAACGGGAAGCCAGAAUAACCUUGACACACACAAUCACAAUGAUGUUGCAUCUGUCUAGCAAGUGAAGCACUGUCCACUACAUUCAACACUCAAAACACAAUCUUAGCAGAACAGCAGGUGGUGGUGAAUUUCAGACAUCAUGGUAAAUUUUGGAAUGAAAUUGGACAACAUACAGUACUUGUUUCUUCCCAAAAGCAAACAUAGAUUAUGCAUUUUGAAAUUAUAAUACAUUUAACUGAAAAUUGACAUCAACCUGCUGUUUUUAGAAGAGAAAUUUCAAAAACAUUUACUAGUUAAAAACAUUUUCACAAGUAUUAUUAUUAGGUUCUGGUUUAUUACCACACAUUUCUGCUCCUCAGAGGAUCUGUAUAUAAUAUUAUAUAUUACUAAGAUAUAUUUAUAAAAAAAUUCUUUUAAAUUAUUAUAAAAUAAUGUAUUAUGUUAAAUUAUAAAAAAUUGAUGAUGCCUAAGCAUUGAGUGCUGUAAUUCUAAUAGCAACAAAUCUAGUGUAGUUAGUUCAUUUUUGCAAUCAAUUUCGACAAUUAUUUUGUACAACACAAUUAUAUAUCUUUACAAUAGAAUUGUAAGAACGCUUUUAAAUAUUCAAAUUAA